ACGCGGCGCAGUGGCGUGACAUCUCCCGUGCAAUUCGCUCGUCGUCCGUCUGUUCGUCGUCGGCAGAAGCGCGAUUUGUACGGCUAAAUGGAUACGUAAAAUGGCGAAUUACAGUUGUUAUUUACUGGUGGAGCAAGUAACAAAGUAAAAGCGAGAAGUGGACAGACUAAGACGCACGGCCGUCACUUACACGAGUGGUAGUGCGCUUGCACAACACGGACGCAGGCAAUCGUUGUGUCGCACAAAUACUAAGUGCAUCCUUCUACAGAGAUGGUACUGAUGGAUUGGUCUAACUCAUUAUAUUAGCAGCAAUCCUAUCUUGAUCUUUAUUAAUUAAGAAAAGAUCAACUUUGCAAACGAUUAAGUCUUGAAUAAUAUGGCACAAUAUUAUAAUCUUGUGGCCAACGCCAAUACAAUCUGCGUAGACGGGCAACGAGUUCAGUUAGUUGUUGAGGAUGUUGAUGACAGCGGUUCACAACAGAUUUUAACUUAUACAGCUACACCACAAAACAGCGAGCAAGCAAGAUUUUCACCGCAAACUAUUAAUUUAGGAAAUCAAAUACCUACAACACGAUUGGAACAAGGGCCAAGCGUUUAUAUAAUCAAAACGAAUAGCAUAGCUGAAACCCAGGAAUUAUUGAAAUCUAAUACAGUGAGUUCACGUGUAGUUAGUGAAAAUAUUCCGAGCGUUGUCGACAAUACAGGUGCUAAAACAGAAAAUAAAACGGAAGGACGACAAAUACAAUGGAUAAAAGUCCAAGAUGCUAGUACUACCACGGCGACAAAACAAAAUACGUUGUUACAGGAAAAGAAUCAGACUAUUAUUGUAACAAAAAGUACAGCUCAGAAUAACAUCACACCAAUAUCUCCCAUAUAUGUAAAUUCUGGUUCACUUAAAUGUGGAUUAACAGACAGUAAAGUAUUGAGAAUCAUACAAAAUAAAAAUCGACAAUUGACAAACAGUGGACAAACGGCUGCAGCAUCUCAAACUCCAGAUGGCGUAAAUGUGAAACUAACUACCAUGGAAAAUCGACUUCAAAAUUCGAAUGUUGCAAGUUCUAAACCUGUGUCAUCUGUCUGUGGUAAAGCUGUUAAUCCAGUGGGACAGAAUGUACCAAUAAAAUCGAUUCGUGCUUCCAAUCCGAAUGCGUCACACAAUACAUCACACGUACGGCCAGUAGCUAUGGUUAUACCUGAGAUGUCAAAGACACCAUUGAAGGCACAGGGUCCGGAGAUGGUACAUUUAAGCGAACAGAUCAAGCAAGCCAAAAUAAAGCAAAUGCUAUUAAAGCAGCAGUUGCAAAGCGACCAGCAAAAGUUGCAACAAAAUAACGUACAACGAUUGCUUCCUAAUACUUUACAGACUUCUGUUCAAACUUCGUUAAGUUCGCUAAAAAAUUCGGCGCGUAGCUCAAUAACCCCAAAUACUACGCAACCAAAAGCGCGGCAAGCUUCACCCAGUCCGCAAGGACAACAAAUGCAAAAGCUACCUAUGGCAAUGUCUGUUUCUCCGACUAUACAUAAUACGCACAAUACUAUUCCUAUGGACAUUGAUACCCCAGAAUGUGUGCAGGAGAAAAGUUAUCCAACGGGACAACUUCACGGACAAAUUCCAAUGGUACCUCUUUCACCGCCUCUUUCAGUAGAACAUGACAACAGUUCGACCGAGAGCGUCGCUUAUCUCCAAAAAACUAUCAGUGAUCCAGAAAAUACUAUAGUCCAGCAUCAAAUUCAGGGGAAUACGGCGAAAAUGUUAGUAAUGUUGGCUACUGGAGAACAAAGAUUAAUUACGUUCGAUAUACCGAAUGAGGACUGUACUGUACACGAUUUAUUGGACCAGGUGAAAAUUACAUUUUCUGGCGAGACAUCUGUCUCUUUGGUAGAUGAUCCAACACUGGGUAUAAAUUAUAUAGUUGAAGCUGGUUAUGGAACAUAUGACACAUCGCAUGAUAGCAAUGAUCAUGUAGAUUGUAACUCUACUCAAGAGGUUGUAAGCUCCACUACGGAUUCUGAAAAUUCAUUCAAAAAUACAAAUGUCUCAGACGAGAACAGUAAUCCUUCGUUACCAAUUAAUGAGGAACCUAUUUUGGUCAAGGGACUACUUGCUUUGUGUCCACACUGUGGCUACAGUUCGCUUUACUUCCACCGAUGUGAACGAUGUAAUACAAAAUUUACUAAGAAAAUCAAGUCGAUACCUAAAGAAGGAUGGAAGCUGACCGGGCUGCCUGUCGAUAUGUUCUACAAAAAGAACAACGAACGAAAUACUACUAAAUUGGAAAGAAUAGAACGAGACGGUUCUACAUGCAAGCGCACCAAAGGAAAGGGUAAAGCUGCAGCUUCAAAACCAAAGGUUAUUAAUAAAGAGCCAGAAUGUUUAACAAUAUCAUCUGAUGAGGAAGAAGAGGGCAAAACUAAAAAGAUUGGCACCAAUAGCAAUGCAAUGCUCGGCAAUGCAAGCAACGUUUUUGACGAAGACGUAGAUACCAUUUUAGACAAAGAACCCAUUAUUACAAAUACUUCUGUUUUUAACCCGUCAUGUUGCGAUGAUGAUAUGAAUAGCGAAGAAAGUAGAGAAUGUAAUAAUCACAAAUUUAUAGAUAAGGCGCCAUUCCCACUCACUGCUCUACAAUGUCGAACUGUCAGAAUAGGAUCUUAUAAAUAUAUUCCACGGGAAAGGGUAGUAAUAUCCCGAAAUGGUGUAAAAUUUGGAGUACCUUUAUUAGAAGACGAUCAAAAUUUUGUUACGUUUAAUGUGGAAUAUAAUCAGAUAAUUAAGGUGCUGAUUCAUUUUGGGAAAACAAUGCCGGUAUUAUUUUUCUAUACGUCUACGAGUACGGGAGCCAUGAUACGUGAAUUAUUGGGAAUGCAAGAUCCGAAGGGCCCAUAUUACGAUCCUGCCGGAAGAGAUCACACUCACAAACGUAUAACGUUAUUGCCAGAGGAGUUAACGAAUGACUCGAAAAUCAAGUUAAAAAAUAUAUUCUCACCUAGGGGCAAGAUGGAGGAGUUGAAUCCUAAAGAAGCAAAUGAUAUUCUUCUGCGAGCAUCACCUAAGGAUAACCAACAGAUUACUAGUAUUAUGCGACGACAGAGCCAAAGUUCGUUGCUAAAUGUUGUCAGUGACAAUGGUAGCAUACAAACAAUAACUGUGUAUCCACCGCCACCUGCAAAAGGCGGUAUAGCCAUCAACACUGAAGAUUACUUGUGCCUCGCUGAGGAUCAGUUUUUAAACGAUGUGAUUAUAGAUUUUUAUUUAAAGUAUUUGACUUUCGAGAUACUGUCAGAAUCUGAUCAACAUAGGACUCAUGUGUUCAGUUCGUACUUUUAUAAACGUUUAACCAGCCCACAUGCCCAAGCUGCCGAAAAUACUACACCAAUGACACCUGCUGCCAAGCGACACGCAAGAGUACAGAAAUGGACGAAGAAUGUUAAUAUAUUCGAGAAGGAUUUUAUUAUAAUUCCUAUCAACGAGCAUGCGCAUUGGUUCUUAGCUAUUAUUUGCUUUCCUGGACUAGUUGGGAAAGUUGACAUGUCUGCCCCGAGUGUCAGUGAAAACGAUGUUAAAACUCCGCAAAAGAACAAAAAAAUGAAGGAGGUGAAAACGAAAGCUGUUACGAUUGGCUGUACAACAAUAACACCUGUACCUGCGACUAUAACGAUAGAUCAACCGGAUGACGGAUCGGAGAGAGACGAGGCUGAGGGCGAUGAUGAAGAAAUGGAAAUAGAUAGCGAGGAAGAAGAAGAGGUUGAUCAGCCUAUACAAGAUAUGAUUCAGUCGAUUAAAGUGGAACCGGAUGUUGUAGAAGAAACAAUUAAAGUUCCCUGUAUAUUGAUAUUCGAUUCGCUCGCUGGUGCUAGUAGGGCACGAGUGGUUGCUACACUAAGAGACUACUUAAGCUGCGAAUACGUUGCCAAACUUGGAGGAGAACAAAUCUUUUCAAAAGAUACCAUUAAGGGUGCAUGCCCCAAAGUACCCCAACAAUCGAAUUUCACUGAUUGCGGCUUGUACGUACUGCAAUACGUGGAAAGUUUCUUUCAGAAUCCAAUUAAAAAUUAUAUCUUACCAAUUAAGAUUUUAAAAACGUGGUUCGAAGAAAUUGUCGUGACAAGAAAAAGGGAAGAGCUAUCGAAACUACUAAUUAAGUUGAUGAACGCCACCAAAGGAGAUAGAACUAUACAUUUGCCUAGCGUGAAUUUUCCUACGCAAGACGGCAAACUGAAACCGAAGAGUGAAAAUCAGAUAGACGUGAAGGUUACGAAAUCGGAGCUUGAAAAUAAGAGAAAGCCUACGGCUGACGCGGACACACAUAUUAGCAUGUCGGUAGUGGCAGAAAGUACUGAAUCGAGUAAUGAAGUAGUUAAUAGAACUUUCCAGAUCAUUCCUUAUUCUCCGUGUAUAAGUUCCAAUUCGACUGACAGUAAUCCAACAGAAAUAUUGACCGAGCCGAAGACUACGAGGAUAAUGCCUGCAACGAUAGUCGCCCUGACAGUGUCUACGUUGUAUAUUGUAUUCACGGUAUGGCUAGCACACUGGCUGAGACGGUACACGACAUAUUUCAUCGAACAACCUCUCGUGAGAUCUUUGUUCUUAGAGGCGAUCGCUACGGCGGAACUCUGCGGAGCAUGCUUCGAACUCAUUAUAAUUGCGGACAAUUGGGGAGUGUCGAUGUACGCUAUUUAUCUAUUUGUGCUGACGGUUUACUGGUCGAUGACUUGGGACGACGCGUCGGCGUGUCCCUAUACGCAUCUCGAAGACGUGUUUCUGGGUAACAAGUCGUUGCGUACCGCUUUUCUCUUGAUAUGGGCGGAAAUGAUCGGCGGUAUCGCCGUAUUUAGGUACAUUCAGGCGCUCUGGGCAUUUGAGAUCGUCUCUACGCAUAAGAACCGAGCGUUCGGAGACUGCACCACGGAUUUGCAGGUACCCGUUAUAAUCGGAGCAUUUAUAGAAUGCGUCGCGACGUGCAUAUGUAGGGUGGUAUCACGCGUGUUGGGUGACCUAAAUCCGAGAUUCAGCACAGCCAUUGAUGCCUUCGUGGGGACGUCUCUAGUGGUUGCAGCCUUCGAUUAUUCCGGCGGUUACUUCAAUCCUGCACUGGCGACUUCGUUAAAAUGCGGUUGCCUGGGCACUACCUUUGUCGAGCAUGUGAUAGUAUAUUGGGUCGGAGCGUGUAUCGGAUCUAUCGCCUCCUUGCGUGUGUACAAAUUGCCGUUUGUGCAGAAUUUCAUUGAGCAACGAAAGGAGAAGGUUGCCUAAGGCUUACGACGACGGAAAGAUAUGCCUAGUAAGGCAAAAAUAUCAAUGUCUGGACACUAAUGACAUUAAUAUAUAACCUGGACAUUCUUAUUGUUUUGCUUCUUAAAUAUGAAUAUUUAAAUAUGAAUAUAUUUAAAUAUUUGAGUAUAUGUAUUCAACACACACACACGUGCGCGCUUAGAUAUAUUGAAAGUUUAAAUAUAUUCGUAUUAAUAUAUUCGUAUUUAAAAAGAUGAAAGCAAUAAGGGCCUUCAGAGUUAGAUGCUAGUGUUAUUAGUGUCCAGACCUUGAUACCUUUUACCUUAUUUACAUAUGAUUCUUGUUAAACGAUUUCAAUCUUCGGUUAUUUGUUAUGUCGUUCAAAUUUGGGGAAUAUACCAUCGCACUAGUUAUCCUUUUUUUUUAGUAAUAGUAAUGCAAUUACAUAUUAGUAGAUAAUGGUAACAAAUAUAUAAUCGUUAUCUUAGAAUUGCAAGAGAUUUUCUCUCACUGUGUUUUUCAUACACCGCAUUAUAGCAAUUACCAAAUGUUCCAAAAGACCUGAGGCAAAAAUUUGUUAAUGAAUAGUUCCCGAAAAUUGACGAAAACAUAACAAGAAACGAGAAAUAUGCUCAACGACUCGUUACUUUUUAAUAAAAAUAAUAGUAACGAAUUUCUUUUUCAAAGGAAGGUAACAAUAUCGAGCAAUUUUUUUAAUAGGUGUCUAAUAAACACUAAGUAACAGUAAAAUUAUUAAUAAUUGAUUACUUUAUUUAUAAUUUUUAAUAAGUUUUAAUUUAUUACUCACCAACAUCAGUAUAAUAUGGAGAGUACAGGUACAUCGUUAAAAAAUUAUGACGUAAUAUUACUGUUAAUUGGUGUUUACUGAGUAACGAAUAAAAGAUAAUAUUGUAUAAUUACAUUUGUGAUGUCGUAAAUCACAGUUGAAUAUGAUCUCCAAAUGAUACUUCGAUUGGUGAUCACAUAGAAGAAUGUUUUUUAGAUAUGCCCGGAGAUUGAAUUAAAUCAUACAUGCCAUAGAUAGAUGAUAAAAGAAUAUAUUUUAACAAUUCAUUCAAUAAUGAAAAAAAUAAUGUGUUCUUAUCUUUGUUCGCAUACAACAAUAUAAUGCGUGUGUACAUGUGUGCGCGCACGCACGUGUGUGUGUGACUUUGAUAUAAAAUCUAAUACAGCACGGCGUGUACAUAAUACAAGUAUAAGGAAUAUUGAUAAAAUAUUUUUUAGAUAUUAAUUUUUUUAUCCACUGAAUUAUUAAACGACGCAUAUAUGUGAUAUUUGAUGUUUUUGUAGUAUG